UUGGAGUACAUCAUUUACCUCUGGAAAUUAUAAAUUUUAUCUUACACUGACUGCCUGAGGAAAAAUAAAUGAAAAUGUAUCAUAAUACAAAGAGUGGUAAAAUUUAUGCUCAAUCUACGUUCCAGCGACUAGUUCAUAUUUUGUAUAUGUUCUUACAGGCAUAGAAUAAUCGUUAAUCACCGUCGUGUUGUGCUGUAAUUGCAUUCAAUAUGGGCAGGAAUCACAAAAUGUGGUCACAUCGAGAGGAAAAGCCAGUGCACUGCUCAACAAUCAGGGCGUAUCAUUGUCCUUAAAACUAUCUUCUUUAUGAAAAAAGUUAUAGAAUUUCUUCUUGUUAAUUGAAUGUUUUCCGUACCAUCUCAGUGUAACCGCCAUUUUUGCUUUUAUUUAAUCUUUGUUACAUGAAGCUUCAUUUACGAUUACGGAAAUGACAUGAAGUUUGGCGGGAAAAGUUGUAAAACAAAACGUUAUGAGAGUGCGAAACUAAAUUAGUCAUAUAAUAGGGUGUGUUGCGACCAUAGAGAUUGCGACGAAAGCUCGAUGGAUGGCUACAAUUGUAGGGGUAAGGAUGGAGGCAAGUGUCGUGUUAUUUGUUUCUGUUGUGGAGAGGAAUGCACAAAAGAUAACCACAAAAGGCACACAAAUACAAAGCAUUAUGGCCAACCACCCAAUAAAAAAUCAGGAGUGUAGAAGGCCAAAAAUUGCUAAAUUCUUUCGAAAUUCCACUUUCUGAAGCUCCUCGUCUACAUAUCCCCCGCAAAGAUGCCAAUGCGAAUGUUGUUGAAUCAAUCAGAGUUCCAAUUCUAAUCUCUAAUUCUAUGCCGCCUUCAAAUGAAAUCACUACGUACGUGUGUGAACGGGGCCUAAAUCUGGCUGAUCAUGACAUUCACGAGAUGCAAAUAUUUUCUUGGUUACUUAGUAUCACCAAUACGGUAAGCUCGUCAUUAAGCAUUGACGAAGGACUUGAGCAAAUGUUAGAGUCUGCAGAUGAUCUCAACCAGAGGCUUUAUAAGCUUCAACCGUAUUCUCAUACCAGGUUUGCACAAUACUCCCAUGUUGCAUAUUUGAACUUUCAGCGAAGUUUUGCGAUUAGUGUUGAUACACUAAACAAGCGGAAGAUAUAUGCGGACGCAAAAGUAAAAAAACAGCACAAGACAAUUUGAGCGAUAUUUGCAACACUCUGUUUGUUUCAACUUUGUGUGCUGUAGUUGAUUUCUACAAUGCAGUGGUGAAAUUGUCGUGCAAGGUCGAAGAAGUGGACUAGAAAAAUGGCUGAUGAAUGUAUUAUUCAAGUUAACAAUGUAGCUGAUGGAGAAGAAGCCGAAACGACAAAGCUAAGAAUGGAUUCAAAUUUAUGGCCAAAUUUAUCAGAGCAUCUUGAUGAAAUAGAUGCAAUGAAUUUUCAGGCGUCCUGCUAUCUCCGUCACAAGAUAAAGACCGACAAACGAGAGGCUAUUCCGAUGUUAGCGAUGUCCAAUUUCUUACUACUUUGCAAAAUAGGCUUCAGAGCUAAUGCCAACAUACUGCAAGAGUGAUUGAAGGUCGCACAAUAAAGAAUCUACAAAACCCUUAUCCAACUCUUGUUACACUUGACAUGGCUGGUUGUCUCGACCUACAAUCUCUUUAUAACAGAAGUCAAACAGGUGAUUUUUCUAUUGAAACCCACGGGUAUAUUCAUUUACAGAACGUUAUGAAUGUUGCUAAAAUUGAUCAAGAAUAUCGUGAUUGCCCAAGGACGUUCAAGCAAUAUUUUGAUUUCAUAGAACGAAGCUAGCUUGUUUGAACUGCAUGCAUGUUCACUGGCAUAUGGCGUAACAUCAAGAAAACACACUCAGUGCAUAUAAUUACAUGAAGAUAAUGCAGUGGCGGUUUUAAGGGGGGUCCAGGGGGGCCGUGGCCCCAGGCCCCGCCCUUAUGGUAGCCAAAAGGAGCCCCACACCUAAGAAAAAGGAUAAUUGUAAAAAAGAACAAUAAUAAUAGAAGGUAAUUGUAAAGAACAAGGGCUCCGCAGAUGUUUUUGGCCCCGGGCCUCGCAGUCCCCAAAACCGCUGCUGAGAUAAUGUCGCCAAGGAAGGUCAUCAGCAUAAAAUUCUUGCAUCUUUUUACCAAGUUUGAAGAUUGAUACCGUGGUAUCGAAAACUUCCUGCUUUUUCUCUUGAGAAAUUCAGUCAAGACUCAUGCUGGAGCAGUGGAGUCAAUGGGAAGCUACAUUGAUUAUCAGAGCAAUAAGAGACGAGGUUUAGACAUUGCAACAGUUGGAUGCGAAAGCAGAAUUCACUGGAAUGGUCCCCCGCUACAUAAGGCAAGUGCAUUGAUUGAAUCUGCUUUAGGCCGAAACUUUGGUGGAGGAUCAAACUGGCACUUCGUUACGAAGGAAAACAAACACGAAUCUGUCGUCGUUUUAAAAAUGAAGAAAAAAAGAUCAAGAGUACCGUGGUUUUAAAAGUACCUUUGUGAAUUUGACGUAUCAAUUUCAUCGAUUUUAAUAAGUUGGUGUGACAAUUGUUAAGGGUUUUGCGUUCUAAAAAAUAAUAUUUAUAUUAUUUAUAAACAACUGUCAAUCGAGCAGCUGUGCCAUUAAUUUUAUGGCUAUAAACAAUGAAAGUAAUUGUAAAAAAUAUUUUGUUUUGAGUUGGUAAAAUGAGGAAAGUUUGAAUUAUAAAAAUUGCAGCCUGAGGAAGGUUAUGACUUUGACUCUGUGUUCAAGGUUGCCGCUUGUACUUAAAUCUAUACGUUCUACUUGCCAUAUCUCCAAAACAAUAGCAAAAGAAAUUUCAGAGAAGUAAGGAUGUCCUUUUCGAAAUCCUAGGCCUACACAGACUACUAUACAUGUUAUUCUGUUGGUCAAAGUGUCUGACUCUGUCAAUCAAGUUUUCAUCAAAAGUCGACGAUAAAUCAACUGUUAUUGAACAACUCGCUUGACACGGUGAAUCGCAAUUUCUUUUUGAACAAGUAGCUUCAUCACAGAAUAGAAAUAAGGCAGAAGGGUCACUCCGGGCUUUCGCGGCGGUCAUGGAUUUUCUCGCGCAUGCGUUAUUGAAAACGAGGUUAGAGGUGGAACAUUCCCGGAAAAUAUUCACGCAAGUAGUAAACUCUCCUUCUUCUGGAACUUCGCGAUCGCUUAAAAUGCUGGCCUCUAAGACGAAACUUGUGAAGGAUGUUAAACGUAGUGGGACUGGUGCUUACUGCGCUGCUGUUAACUGCAAUAACAACAGAAAGUCAUGCCCCAAUCUUCAGUUCUACCGUUUCCCAUCGGACGAAAGCCGAUGCAGAAAAUGGGUACAAAAUAGCAGGCGACAGGAUCUGCUUAACAAGUCAACCGCCUACUUGAACAAAAAUUGCUACGUUUGUUCCAAACAUUUUGAAAAGGAAUUUUUGCCAAAAUUCGUUAACGCAAGGUCCCGAUUAUCAAAAAAUGCAAUCCCCACCCUUUUUGAUGUCCCAAAUCCCCCGCCAAUAGUUGGAAGUAAAAGAGCCCCCCCAAAGCCAAGACAACCAGGUAUUUCAAAAAAACAAAAAUUGGACCUGGAUAACUAUGGAACUGGUGAUAGAUUUGAUAAAUGUAACCCUGAUGAAAUUGAAGAGGAUAGCACACCUAUAGAGGCUGCCGAUCAAAGCAAGUACAAUUAUAUUUUUUUUAAGAAGCUGCUUUUCAUAAAUCUUAAUUAUCAAAUAUUUUAUUUGCAGACAUUUUAAUUAAAAAUGGCCUAAUAUGAUUGUUGCUGACUACUGACAUCUCUGUUGAAUCAUUGUAUUUUUUAGGGAAAGAU